UUUAUUGGCCUUGAAGUGGCCAAAAGUCCCAAGGGAAUACACCUUUCUUAAGGAAAAUAUGCUCUGGAGAUUCUGGAUGCUGCAGGACAGCUUGGUGUUAAGCCUGUCUCCACCCCUAUGGAUUACAAGGUGCAUUUAAAGCUUGAUGAUGGGACUGAUUUGGUUGAUCCUACAUCUUAUCAAAGUCUAGUUGGCAAGUUAAUUUAUUUAACAACAACUCGACCAAACAUCAGCUUCUCAACACAGCAGGUUAGUCAGUUCAUGUGUCAACCCACUCUUACUUAUUAGAAGGUAGUGAAUCGCAUUCUGUGAUACAUAAAAAAGCAUCCUGGCACUGGUUUGUUAUUUCCAUCUGAUUCUUCUCUCAGUUUCAAGGCAUUCAGCGAUUCUGAUUGGGGCUCUUGUCCUGACACUCGCCGCUCUAUCACUCGAUAUAACAUCUUUUUAGGCAAUUCCUUGGUUUCCUGGAAAUCUAAGAAGCAGUCUACUGUCUCCCAUUCCUCAUGCGAGGCAGAGUAUCAAGCUCUCGCUCAUACAACUUGUGAAAUCACGUGGCUCUUGUAUCUUCUUUAGGACUUCAAGGUGCCUCAUCCCCAUCCUGUUUUCCUGUACUGUGAUAACCAAUUUGCUAUUUAUAUUGCAUAAAUUAGACCUUUCAUGAACGAACCAAGCAUAUUGAGCUUGAUUGCCACUUGGUUCGUGAGAAACUCCUUGCUCAAGUCAUCAAAAUCCUCCACGUUCUCUCCUCACAUCAACUUGUAGACAUCCUGACAAAGCCUCUGUCUCAUGCUCUGUUCUCCUCUCUUCUCUCCAAGCUUGGAGUGCUCAACCUCUGUCCUCCAGCUUGUGAGGGGGUAACAGCCACACAAGACAAAAGUUCAGUUUUUUCUUCUUCAUAUACACGGACCAAAACCAUAGAGAAAGGAAUGUAGCUGGAGUGAUCACGUGCAAGGAACAUGCCACCCCAACGGUCGACAAUGACCUUUUUACUGCAUUUUCAAGUUUUACUAUUCACUCUGUUUUCACUUGCCCAAGCUGGCACUUUUGUCUUGUAAUGAGGGAUUUGGUAUCUACAAAAUAUAUAAAGGCAAAACAAGGGUUAACUUUUCAGGAAUUUGAAUUUGCAGCCUUUAGAGGGUUUCCCGGAGGGGCAAUACUGUCAAUUUACUAUCAAUUAAGUGAAGUUGUGCGUUUAACACAAGUACCUUCCACUGGACCUUACAGGUGGCCGAAUGGGCCAGCCCGGAGGCCAGAUAUGGGCCCAAACUCCCCCGCCAGUAGUCGAUUUUAGGUUGCGGUUAAGUGGGAAGACAAGCAGGGUACAUAAUCGGUUAAAAUCCAACGCCGGAAGAAUACACCAUUUAGGGAGGAGCAUUGACACUGGACCUUACAAAUGCAGACAUCUUUCGCCAUAAGGGUUCUGUUGCUCUUUCAAUCCGGACGGCGGCAACUGAGAUCAAUACCCGGAUUACCAAUCGCUUUUGUAAUUGUAGCUGUCAACGAAGAUCGAUCAAGACAAGCAGGGUUCACAUCUGGAGUACUCUUUCAAUCUGGUAAUUGGGCCGUCAGUUCGGCUUGCUAUCAAAUUUUGCCUUUGAAAUGUCGAAUGGUUAGGUACAUAAUUGGUUUUGGACUGUUGUAUGGAAUAGUGAAUUUCCUACUCCCACUACUACAGAAAUUACCGUAAUUCACUUUUGCGUUCCCCUGUUCUCCAUAUCCGACCCUAUUUCCUUCUCCCCUUUACUUUUUGCUGUAAUUCAGUAUGCCGGCCAACAGUCAGCUAGGUUUAUGGUGUGAUUGUAGUUAGAUUGGUGGUGUGAUUGGAGACAGGCGCUCGGAGGCCCCCAAUGUCAUACUCAAUCUUAUUCAUUCGAAAACUGAAAUAUCUCUUACUUCCUCUCACGUACAUAUAUACGUUUCAAUUGGAUUUUGAUGGGGCUUAAUUGUUUUGUCCACUCUUGGUCUUGGUUCAAGUAUGGCCACACUACUCCCAUCUGCAAGCCUUUUAUGUUUUCUAUUUUUGGCUAUUUUAACGGGCCCUUGCCACUUUGCAACCAGAACAACAUCAUCUCUAACAUAUCAAAUCAAUUCCUAAACUCCCACCUAUUGCCGUCGUCGGAGAUAAAGCACAAAGAAGCCGCCGCCAGCAUCCGAAAUUCCCUCUUCGUGUGUAAGCCUCUGGAAUGGGCAGGGUGGUUUCAAUCUACCAUGGAUUUUCAUUGUCCAUGUAAGUUUGGUUUUCUUUCUUCUUUUGCUGGAUAAGAUCAAUUAAUCCAUCUGGGUUCUGCCUCUGGUGCUAUUUUUGGCAUUUAAUACAAGUCUUUCUUAUGUUCAAGUUUGGUCCUUUACUUCAUCCCUUCAUAGCCGCGUGAAAGAGUUGGACUGAGUUUUGCUGUUAUGGUGAUUCUCUAUAGAGAUAUGCUGUCAUCAAGUUCUGAAUAUGCAAUUUUAGUGUGUUGGUGGUAAUAGUUUAUUACUUUGCGCGGACACUUAAUCGAAAUCCAAUUUCAUACUAACCUACCGCGCGGUUAUGAUUGAGUUGCUUAAGAUGUACGAUUGUAGUUUAAAUACACCUUACUUGCCUAACCAAAAGGAACAAGUAUGUUAGGUACCAUGUUUUACUCUUUCUAUCUAUUUGCGUUGACAUUAUAUAAGAUAUUAAGGAUGAGAAUGUCAUCAUUAUAUAUAAAAAAAUAUUAAGGAUGGGAAUGUCAUCAUUAUAUAUAAAAAAACAUUAAGGAUGAGAAACCAUGUUUUGAUGUCAUAUGUUAAUUCCAGAGCAUUUAGAUAUGGCUGUGUAUUUAUUAGACUAGAAUAGAUGUAGUAAAUUGUAGAUGAUAAAGAUAUCUAUUGAAAUCUCCAAUAUUGCAAUGGAGCAACCAUGGGUUUAGUGUUUACAGAAUGUGGGUCUCAUUCUUAUUCACUAAUUAGUAAUUACAUUACAUUACAUUCAAAUAAACCACCCUUCUUGGAUGUUUCCUCUGUCUUGGCUAAUUUUGUUAUGGGUUUCACAUUUAAGUUGAGUGGAUAAGUGAGAUAUGAUUUCCAAGUCAAGCAUGAUGUUGAUUAGCAUACCUAGAUAUACAGUUGCUAAUAAAAAUUAUCGUUUAUGGUUUCUUUUCUUAUUUAUAUUUCUGAGCUUCGAUUCCAUUCUUUCUACAACGUUUGGCUGGGUUCCCAUUGUUUUACGUUGGUGUUUUAUAGUUUCUCUGUGUUUUAGCAGGGAACAAUAUAUUCAAUUGGACUUCAAGUUUGGAGAUUCAAGAAGUUUGUAGGAUUCAGGGAUUUCGUUUAUGGAGUGGGGAUAGAAAAUUGAAAGAUUUCAGCUUUUACUGAAAUAGAAAGUGAUCCUUUUACUUUUGUUCUAUUUUGUUUUGACUUGCAGAACUCUUCACUUUGCUGUAAGGAUAUCUCAAAUGGAGGAGUUGUCAAGUCGACCUACAUUAGCCCUCUAUCUCUCAGUUUAGUGCGUGGAGAUUUCCAAUUCAUACAUGAUAUUUAUUGAAUUACUUCAUGAAAAAAAUAUUUGCUACAGUGAAAAUUAUUACAUUGUUGCUAGACAUGUUUGUGUUAUGAGAGUAAUUUGGGAAGUCUGUACACAAUACAUUGUUCAACUAACUAUUAGCGAAAACUUAACAUCAUGUUUUAUAUAUUUAUAAUCAAGCAACUUCAUAUUCAUUACCAACUGUGUGGUAAAAAAGAAUGCACUAUAUUGGAAAAGAACUUAAAGGACAUACUAAACUCUAUGAGAUAUAUUUUCUUUCAUCCUAAAUGUUGAUUAUGUGUGUAUGAAAUAUGAAAAGUAACUCUAAUAUUCAACUAUAUGAUUUAAUUAAACAAUGAAUGACAAUUAGUUUAUUUAUUUCUUUUUCAUUCAGUAAUUGCAUGUAAUGCUUAUACCAUACUUUUUCCUCUUUUCAUAUAGGUCUAAACACAUUAUGCAUAGUUGGAUCACUUUCAAAAAUGUUAUGUGCAUAACUAAGGUACAAAUAAUCAUUCCAUGUAUUGUAAAUCAUCUAUUAUAUCCAUUAUUAUAUAUCAUAUUUUUAGACAAAAUUCUCUCGGCCAACGGGCCGGGUCCUGUGCUAGUAUGAAUGAAAGGAAGUACAGAAGGGAAUAUCAGUUUUCCUUCUUCCAUUGUUCUUUGAAAUAUGCGUUGUUACAAAUAUAAACAAAUUCGGUACGGUAUUCGGUAUAUCCCAAAUACCGGUAGCAAACUUCCAACCCUACUCAUGGCAACAUAGUCGCCAAGGAAUGCCUCCACGAAGCUCGGGCAAAUAAGCAAUCUGUGCGCCUCGAAGUUGCAAGUGAUGCCUUCAGUGGCUUGAAGCUUGGCGAGUCCUUGAUCGAGAAUAAGCUACAAGCCACCGUUACUGGAGUUAAAGACGAGGGUGAAUACGGCGGUAUCCCAAAAUUGGGUAUAAUAAUUUUGUAUCUUGUUGGUGUUUGCUCCAAGUUUGUGUUCUGGUUCUUCUACGAAUCAACGUUUUUUUAGGUAAUGUCUAUUUAUUAAUCAAAUAUUUUCAUAAUUCUUUUAUUUUAUUCAAACCUAUUGGAAUUUUAUUUAUUAACCAAACGUUAAAUCUCCGUUAACUUUUUCGUUUGAUGAUGGUGAGGUAUCAGAUGUGGCGCUGAGUUGGAAGGAAUAUUCUAACGUGGCAGUCAAAAAAUGCCACAUCAUUCGGUCAACCAUUGACCAUCUUUUUUGCAUUUUUAUUAUUAGUCAAACAUAUUGAAUUACUAAUAAUUAGUCAAAUAUUAACUUCCAGUUAACAAUUUUGUUAGUAAUGUUAACUUUGGCGACAUGAUAAUGACUUUGAAGAGACACAUGGAGGUCAACAUUUCAAAAUUUUAGUAUUUUAACUAAGAAAAGAGUUACAAAUUAUUAACGGUAACAUAUAAAUGGCUAAUAUUUUGAUGCAUUACAAAAGAUUUUGUCAAUUAUUAGUAAUUCAAUAGGUUUGGCUAAUAAAAAAAAAAAAGAGAAAUGUUUGGCUAAUAACUACUGUUUACCCAAUUUUAUUUUAUUCAUUGAUGAGGUAGCAACCGAGUUGGACGUUGAGCUGAAGCAUCGUUAACAAAUAGUUAAUGGUAACAAAGUAAUGACUAUUACUUUGAAAUGUAACAAAAUAUUUGGCUAAUUCUUAGUAUUUCGAUAGAUUUGGCAAAUGAAAAACAAUCUAAAAAAGGUUUGACUAAUAAACAUAUCUCUCAUAGUCAGCAAAAAUAGAAAUGUAGCCUAGUUGGUUACAAUGCUCUUUCUUCAUUUUUUGGUGGUUUUUGAAGGAAGACAAUUUGGGAUCAUAGCCUUAAUGCGACAGUUCCAUCAAACAAUAUCAGGAAUGGGUUAACUUGCCUGCUGAUAGGACUCCUCAAUCCUCUCUCUCGAUAGCUACACCGGCUCAUACUGCCCUCAACAGUUCGGUGGUCUGCAAAUGGGAUGGUGCGACUAAGAAUAAUUCUCACUCGGCUGGUGGGAUGAUUGUUUGUAACCAGGAUGGGGAGGUCCUCCUCGCAAAAGGGGUUCAAUUUGACGUGAUUGAGGAUCCUAUGAUCGUUGAGUUGCUGGUCCUCCGAGAGGCUCUAUUCCGCUGUCUGGCUAACGGGUUCACUAUGAUGAGAUUCGAGGGCGAUGCUAAAGUAAUUAUUGACAAGAUUAACCACAGGGACACCCAAGAUAGUCGGAUAGGGGCCCUCUUAGAGGAGGUUUUAUAUUCUUUUUCGAUUCAUAGUGGUUUCAGAGUGCGAUUUGUAGGCCGGAGUAACAAUAGGGUAGCCUAUUUGGUGGUUCGCAAAGCCCUUUCUUUGCACCCAUCUUCGUGUCAUUCUUUUGAUUUCAGGGCAUCGUUAAAUUUCAUGAUGUAAUUAUCUUUUUUCUGAUCAAUAAAUUAUUAUCUCUUGUAAAAAAAAACUAAUAAAUAGUUAACCUUGGUUUUUCGAAUAAACCGAAUGUUAUAAACGCGCUGCUACGGAUCGGGAAAUCGCAGGAAUCGACAAAGCAAGAAUACGAAAGCGAGAAUCGAAAAACACGACACACGAUUUACGUGGUUCACUAACACGAUGUGUGUUAGCUACGUCCACGGGCGAGAGAGAGUCAGUUUCACUAUAUCGAGGAGAUUACAGAUUACAGAAGAGUAUGAGAAGUAUUUAUAGUACUUCUCCAUGUGGGUCUAAACCUAAUCCAAUCUAGCAAAGAAAACGGUUACAGACCAGGCCCAGAACCCGAACCCAAAUAACAUUGAGCCCAUGCACCGUGGGCCGGGGGCGUUGCCCCCGCACCUCCACCGGGGCGUUGCCCCUGGACCCCACUCGCUGACUGGGCAGCGAGACCCCCGAUUACCAGUCGUAGAGGCUGAUAGUCCGAUUCAAGUCACAUCAACACCGAACAUGUAAUAUUGUAGAUGUGGGGUUGAUCUUUUGUCGGCAGUUGUGGCGGAGAGUUAGGAGGGGCUGGGAUUGAAACUUGGAUAUCAUUGAGAAUCAUGUUAUUGUUGCGGUUGUUUAUGUCGUUUUGCUGCUUGUGGUGUUCAAGUUGGACCGCAACAUUUUUUUAUUCACGAUGUGAAUGGUCGAAUUCUGCUUCUCAUGCUUUGAAACUGGUGGAAGGAGACAACAAACUGGAUGAUGAAACUAGGGAACUGGAGUCUGGAGAGACAAAGGGAGAAUGUGCAGCAAGUGCCAAACUGAAUGUCGACCCUUUUGCAAAAUGGUUUUGGGAAAGCAUUCUGCCAGUUUUUAUGGAUGUCAGCCGACAAAUAUGCUUUUUGCUUGGAUCGCAGGACAAUAUGCAGCAGAUUGCGUGAGAAUUUAAAGGAGGCGGAAGAUGCCAUCACCAAACCCUAUCUCUAACUACACCUUUGAGUAUUUCAGAACCAUCAUUCACGAAAACACAGGGAGUUUAACAUCAUGAAAAACUGCCAGCCUGACAAAUAUAUGCUCUAUAAUAUAUUGUAGCUGAUGGACUUUUCAUUUGGACGUUGAUAAACUACCUCUUUCAUAUAUGCACAAACCUGUUUAACGGAUAGUAUUCGGAUAAUUUUGUUCAAUUAAUUAGAUAAUUUAUAUAGUUUAUAUAAAUUUAUAAUUUGUUUUAUUUGGGUGUAUGGGUUAGUUCUAAAUACGGUUAACCAAUAGAAUAAAUAAAAAAAUUAGUCAUAUAUCCAAUAUAUUGUAUACCAUGUAUUUAAUACUCUGCAAAUCAAUCAAGAGUAUGAUAUUCCUCUCUUUUGGAUUCGUAAAAAAAAAAUGUAUUUGUUUUUAUACUAUAUUUGUAAUUGCAAGUAGGGGUGUACAUGGGUCGGGUGGUCCGGGUUUAGACAUUUUAAUCACAUGAUCCAUGCACUACGGUUUGAAAAAUAUUAAACUCAAACCCACCCAAAAAAUUUCAAACCCUACGGUUUGUUUCUAAUUGGGUUGAGUCGGGUUGACAAUGUUUUUAAGUAAAAACCCAACCCAACACAAAAUAUGUAAUUAUUCUACACCAUAAAAAUAUUUUAUAACUAAUUAAAAAUUCAAACGAAUAAAUCGAGGUUAAAUGUAUCAAAAUUCACAAAUGUUGUUUGAAUUUUAAUAAAAUUUGAUUUACUUCAACUUAUAUCUAGUUUUUUUCACGAAAUUUGUUGAAAUUGGCUAAAAAUGUUAUAAAUGAACGCAUCCAUAAUAUGUUAUUCUAUUAAAAUUGUACACAAGAAAAAGAAUUACGUGAAUCAUAGCUAUAUUAAAUUUAUAUCUAAACUUUAAGCCGAAUAAUGCAUUAGAUUAGGG